CACUUGCGUUCACUCUGGCGGAGGAUAGUGUCCCGGGAGGGUCCCGUGCCUUGGCAGCAACAAAUCGCUCUAUUUACCAACAACAAACGUCGCUACACUGUACCGUUCUGGCACACAUCCUCUUUAAAUCUUCACUACCUCGAAAAAUAAAUGCUCGGCAAAGGCGCCAGAGAAAUCAAACACGUGAAAAACAAGGAUCAUUACCACAACCGGGGACAGAAAAACGAAAUAUCGGAGACAUACGUAAACAAGCGAACGGGACGUUGUCGCUGUUGCCUUCUCAAUGCAUACCCUUUGUGCUCGAGGAACGAUGAAGCCAGAGAUUAGCGCGGCUGUCACAUUUCUGUCCAGAUUUUUGCGGAUUAAAGGACACGUAAACGAUCGACAGCUUCAAACAUUCAGCCAAAGUUUACAGGAUAUUCUGUCAGAACAGUACAAGCACCACUGGUUCCCGGACCGGCCCUGUAAGGGCUCUGGCUACCGCUGCAUCCGCAUUAACCACAAGAUGGACCCGUUGGUGGGGCAAGCGGGCCAGCGCAUCGGCCUGUCCAUCCAACAGCUGUACCUGCUGCUGCCCAGCGAGCUCACGCUCUGGGUGGACCCCUUCGAGGUGUCCUACCGCAUCGGGGAGGACGGCUCCAUCUGCGUUCUGUACGAGUCCCAGCCCGGGGGGCCCCUGGGGGGGCCCGGCCCCACAGGGGGCACCAUGGCCUCUGGGUCGGCGGGGGGCCUGGGGGGGGCUGUGAUGGACAUCAGCUGUAAGGAGGAGCUGAGGCUGAGCAGGGCCAGUCCAUCUAAAGCCUACAGCAUGAUGACCGUGUCCAGCUAGAGGCCUCUCUCACACACACACACACACACGCAACACACACAUACAUACAUACACACACCACACACACACACCCUCACAGAGGCUGGUGGUUCAGGGUCGCGCUGUGAUUGGUCUGUCGGGUGGACAGUCAUCUGUUGCCAGUCAGCCUUUUUAAAUAUUGAAAAUUGAUUUAACAAAAAAAAAAGAAAUUUUAGAUGAAAGAAAAAAACCUGAAACAAGAGAGAAAAAAAACAGAGGGUGAAGUCUGUCGUCCAGGUGAUGGAAGUCUGUCGUCCAGGUGAUGGAAGUCUGUCGUCCAGGUGAUGGAAGUCUGUCGUCCAGGUGAUGGAAAACCUCGUAGGUUUGAUAUUUUUUUUUAAACAUUUUGGGGUUUCUUCCCCUCCUGUCACCGUGGUGACCGGAUCAUCGUUCUCAGGAGACGGCCCUGGAUUGGUGCAGCUACAUCUACCAAUCAAAAACAACCCCGGACACUUUCUGUAAAGAAGAAACCGUGUGAUUGGCUCCCAGGGUGAAGGUUUUCUUUGUUGUUGCUUUGUAACACUGAGGUUCCAUGUUGACUUUGCACUUUUCCUACGUGGACUCCUUUACCUUCACCAGAACGCUCUUUAGGGUUAGGGUCUUUAGGGUUAGGGUUAAGGUUAGGCUCUUUUCACUGUCAAGGAAUCUGUCAGGAAUCACUGAUCCGUUGAAUUUCAUCCAUGAGAAUUAAGUGUGGUAAAAUAAAUGCCAUUUCCUUUUGUCCGGGGGUGUACUUCCUGUCUGGGGAGGAAGUUGAGAUCCAGACAGCGAGUGUUGCCAGGGUCCAGGGGGAACACCCAUUGAGAGCUCAUUCUGACAGGAACCUGUUUUGGACCACAGGGUGUGUCUGGACCUCAGCUCUGCUGGGGGAAGGUUCUGGAAUGUUGUUGAACUCCACAAUCAAGUCCAAUAUUGUCCCCCAUCACCCCUUUGCACUUAUUAUCCUGCAUCACCAAAAUAGAGUGUAGUGUAGAAUGGGGGGGCCCUGUCCCCCUCCAACCCCCCCUGUUCUGUGCUCCUGUCAGAGAUGACGAUGAAUGCACUUUGACACUGAGCCUAUGGGAUGUGUACCUUUGUGUGAAUCUCCUGCAUUCCAUCCACCACAAUGUCAUCUUUCCCACCUGCUGACCAGGCUUCACGUUAGCUUCCGCAGUACGGUAUCUGUCUGGUCAGAGGCUGAAGCCCCUUCACACUGUUCUAGUCUGAAGCAUUUCAGAGCUGUUCUGGUAGGAGUGUGUUCUGUUAGCUGUUCAGGUUCUGCUGGGGGUCAGAGACUGUGUAUCCCUGGCGGAUGUGAGGGAGGGUGGUAGGGGGGUGAGGGAGGGUUAUGGGAGUAUAACUAAAGGUUUGGGGUUAGUCUAAAGCUCUGAAUUUUCAGCCAUCACAUCAACCUGACCAAACCUUGUUAGCCCCUCCUUGUUAAACUCUGUGUUCCACCAGCCAUGAAUCCUGUCUAGUCCUAAUGAGAAGACAGAGGGUCACAUUCCGUCUCCUGUCCUUCCCAGCGUGGUGUGGGGGAUCAUCUCAUCUAACCCUCAGACACCCAGGUAGGGAGGCAGGUUCUAGGAAGGUCUAACCCCACUCAGAGGGCUCUCAGUCCAGCCAAGCAACUUUAGAAGUUCCCCCUCCAUCCCAAAUCUGGUGUCUCUCUCAACCAGCCAGCAAACCAUCCAGAUAGCCAACUAGCCAGACAGCCAGCUAGCCAGGCAGCCAGCUAGCCAACCAGCCAGACGUCCAGCUAGCCAACCAGCCAGCUAACCAUGCAGCCAGCUAGCCAGCCAGCGAAACCCCCUUUAGUUGCACGGAGACCAAAUGUGACAUAUCAUGUUCCACCCCCCAGGGAGUGUGGGGGGGCGCGGGGGGCGCGGGGGGCCAGGGACGGACACCUCGUCCAGGGCAGCUACAGUCCCUCGGGCCCCCCUCCAAGCUAACCCCGACCCCUGACCUCAGCCCCCAACCCCCCCCCUCCCUCGGCGGGCGGAGCCAAGCCAGCACACACACUUAGCGCUCCGUACGCACUAGGGGUGGGAAAAUCAGAGACCAGACAACGGGUCAAAGGUCCUGAAUCAGGAAGUGAGGGCAUGCAGAUUCUUUCCUUCCUGUGAUGUCAUCCUUGGUCCCACUUCAGUUGAGGUCGGAGAUGGAGUGCUGAAUAACGUUUACAAGGCUCUGAUAGGACGAGGGACCUGUCCGUCAGCCCGCACACACACACCACACAGGGAAUAGGGUGAGCGGUGUGUGUUGAGUGGUGUGUGGGUGAGACCCAGAUGGACAGGGUUGAGGCAGGUGGGCAGACAGGGUUGAGGCAGGUGGGCAGACAGGGUUGGCUGGCAGGAAAGAGCUGGACCAGAUUUAUAAACAGAUUUUAUUCUGCUUGACUUCAUAGCUUUCAUGUGCUAAGUGACAGUUAAAUCGGUCCCUGGGGGGUGUUUGGGUACGCCAGUGUCCCCCCACUGCCCCUAAACCAGUUUUCAAAACUACUAAUGGAAACUUAACCUGUACUUUUGACCCAUCAUCUCACAUGUAAACACACAGUCCCAGGGUCUUUAAAUCCACAAUAACAAUCUAAUAAUCUAACAAUAAUCUCUAAACUGUCAUCCACUCAGCAUUUUGCGCACAUAAGUUUCAUUUGAGAGAGGGGUUUGAGUAAUAAAAAAAGAAAAAAAAAGAAAAUUAGCACAUAAAAUGCACUAAAUAUGAGACAUUAUUUGACAUUUAUUUGAGACAGAAGUUUUCCCGGAAUGCCAGGAACCCCCCAGUCUGCUGCGGGGGUCCCCCCAGCCCCCCAGUCUGCUGCGGGGGUCCCCUCAGCCCCCCAGCCUGCUGCGGGGGUCCCCUCAGCCCCCCAGCCUGCUGCGGGGUUCCCCCAGUCCCCCAGCCUGCUGCAGGGUCCCCCCAGUCCCCCAGCCUGCUGCAGGGUCCCCCCAGUCCCCCAGCCUGCUGCGGGGUCCCCCCAGUCCCCCAGCCUGCUGCAGGGUCCCCCCAGUCCCCCAGCCUGCUGCGGGGUCCCCCCAGUCCCCCAGCCUGCUGCAGGGUCCCCCCAGUCCCCCAGCCUGCUGCGGGGUCCCCCCAGUCCCCCAGCCUGCUGCAGGGUCCCCCCAGUCCCCCAGCCUGCUGCAGGGUCCCCCCAGUCCCCCAGCCUGCUGCGGGGUCCCCCCAGUCCCCCAGCCUGCUGCGGGGUCCCCCCAGUCCCCCAGCCUGCUGCGGGGUCCCCCCAGUCCCCCAGCCUGCUGCGGGGUCCCCCCAGUCCCCCAGCCUGCUGCAGGGUCCCCCCAGUCCCCCAGCCUGCUGCGGGGUCCCCCCAGUCCCCCAGCCUGCUGCGGGGCCUUUUAGGGAGGGGAAGGACUUAGUUGUUGUCGUCAGUCUGGUCUUUGAUGGAUUAUUGCCACUUUCACAUCUGCAGUGUUUGCCGUAUUGUAGAAUGUGUAACUGUACAACGCACCUGGUAGAACACAAAACAUGACACAUGGGAAGUGCCAAUAAUUGCUAUUUUGAAGUUAUAGAUUUGUUCCUUUUGUAUUUCAUCUUUUACCACAGGUAACUUCGUAAAUAAAGCCAUUUGUGAUGAGAUUGUUGGCAAGGACCAAAGUUGUUUUGGUGAAAAAAAUAUCAGUUUCCAUGAUCUGUACUUAUAGACUUAUCCUUAGUUUUCUUUCUGUAUUAUUUACUUACAAAAUGAAAAACAGAAAAAAAAUAAUCUGCGCUUACCCAAAAUGAGCUGUGAUCUCCUGUCAGUGCAUCUGUCUUGUGUUUCCUUACCUUGGGUUUGUCACGAUGAACUGCUGUAAAUUUGUACAGUUCAUGUAAAUUGAUUGUGCGGAAGUUGUACAGAUUUCUAUAUUUUGGAAGAAAAGUUUUUUUUCUCUGUAAUAAAAGAUUUCCUAUCUUGGCAACGUA